AUGGGCAAACCGACGACUUCCGAGAAGCCUGAGCCUGCAGAGGAGACUCCUGAGCAGAAGGAGGCUUCGGCAGAGGAGGCAGUCGACAAGAAGCAGUGGAGCAAACGUGUGCUGGAAGCGGAGGGCCACGACGAGGACCAGGAGGGCGGCGAGACCGACGAGGGCGAGGCGGACGAAAAGGAAGUCCGCGACUACGGGAAAGCGAGAAAAAUGUCUCGCAUGCUCAAGGCCGGCAACGUCCCCGAAGACGUUCGCAAGCUGUGGGAGUCCGCGGACCAGCAGAGCAACCCCAGGCUCUUCAAAACUGAAUUGAUCAAUAGAUUGUUUCAGGUCAACAAGAGCGGCAACUACACGAUGUGCACCACGAGCCCGGACUUUCAGUCGUGGAAAGCCAACACGGACACCAAGUUCUCCGAGGGCUACAGCACGGGGGAGACUUACUCCGUCAUGUUGUGGAAGGUCUUCCACGGCAACGAGCAGGCCUUCACCACGGCCCUGAACCGUGGCGACGUGUACGAGCGAGGCGGCUUGUACCACACCUUGACUGUGAGGCAAGGCCGCACCAAGACCUCGACUGACACACAGCAGCUCAGUGGCGGCUGUGCUGCUUUGACCGUGGACCAGUUUGACACCCUUACUAGCUUCUUCAGUGGCAGGCCCUGGGCUUUGCAGGGCUCCCAGUCUUUUGACUCCGCCACCAACAGGGAGUCCGGCCCUGAGGCCCUUUUGUCCUCGGGGAGCUCCAGUGGGCAGCGACAGCUGGCUCUGCAAGACAAGCCAGCAGUGGAGGUGGAGGUCAAGUGGAAAGUCGUGGAGACGAACUUGACCGAGGCCAAGCAGGCCCUCGACAGGCUCCAGAGGGACGCCCAGCGCUACGUCUCCAAGGUCAAGGUUCUUGGGGACAACGACCUGUCCGAGGACCUGAAGUCUGUGCUUGCCAGUCUGGCGAAGAGCCUCUCUGUCUGCGGUGACUGCUUGACGUGGAACGAAGUGCCGGGAGGGCUCUCCAAGCAGAACGUCCAAAAGUUCAUGCAGCAGCUGGGGGAUGACACGGAUCGAGCCAACGAGACCUUGGAGAAGGUCAAAGCAGUGGUUAAAGCGAGGGCUGACUGA